AGCAGCCUAUAUGGCCUUCCAGUUCCAGGGUUCUGAAGAGAAGCAGCAAUUUCGGUGCAGUUUUCAUCUGAGCUCUGGACACAGACUUCAGCCAUGAAGAUAAUAAGCAUCUUCCUGCUCAGUGCCCUGGCGCUGCUCAGUUUAUGUGGUAAUACUAGAGCUGAGUCCUUGGGAAAAAAGGCUCAUUGUAAUGGUGAAGUAAAUGGAUGCCCCAGGAUAUAUAACCCUGUCUGUGGGACUGAUGGAAAUACUUACGCCAAUGAAUGCAUACUAUGUGUUGAAAAUCAGAAGCGCCAGAUUCCUGUCCUCAUUCAAAAGUCUGGACCUUGUUGAGAACCAAGAUUCUGAAAUCUCGUAACUUCACCAUGGUGCUUUGGCAUU